AUGCAGCUCUCUAUUCCCCAUCUCGAGGCUACACCGACCUCCAAACAGCUCAUCGUCAAUGGCAAACCUUAUCUCAUGCUUGCAGCCGAGCUGCAGAACUCAGCCAUGACAUCGGCAAAGUACAUGCGAGAGGCGUGGCCAAAGUUAAAGGCUGCUAACAUCAACACCGUGCUGGGCUGUGUGACGUGGGAGCAAAUCGAGCCGACUGAAGGCAAGUUCGAUUUCGCCGAGCUUGAUCAAGUCAUCGAAGACGCUAGAGGUCAUGGUAUGCAUAUCGUGAUAUUGUGGUUUGGCAGCUUCAAGAAUGGCUUGUCUACGUAUGCACCAGCUUGGGUGAAGCAAGACAACAAGCGCUUUCCUCGUGCAAAGCUCAGGAAGUCAGGCGGCGAGCUCGAAAUCGCGGAUGUCGUGUCCAUCUUCCACAAUGAAGCACAACGCUGCGAUGCCCGAGCCUUUAGCGCCCUCAUGACUCACGUCAAAGAAGUCGACGAGCGGCACUCCACUGUACUCAUGGCUCAGGUUGAGAACGAGACUGGACUAUUGGGUGACUCCCGAGACGGUAGUCUGGCUGCUAACAAGCGUUUCGACGGCCCAGUGCCCACAGCUCUGGUCGAGAAGCUUGCCUCGCAAUGGGACCUCCUUCGACCUGAGCUGCGAGCAAAUAUAACUUCAUCCAGGACCAAGCUGUCUGCUGGUGGAUCAUGGAGCCAAGUCUUCGGGAGAAGCAAGCAGACUGACCAACUCUUCAUGGCCUACCACUACGCACUUUACCUGGAACAAGUCGCCAGCGCUGGCAAAGCAGCUUAUCCACUACCAAUGUACACGAACGUCUGGAUGAACUACAAUGGAAGCGAUGCAGACAACAACUUCCCUGUUGUCGUUGGCGGAGGAAAUCUACCAGGCGACUAUCCUUCCGGUGGCGGCGUACCCGACGUCUUGGAUAUCUGGCAGAACUUCGCACCAUCUCUCGACUUUAUCGCGCCUGAUGUCUACCUCAACGACUAUGCAAACUCUUGUGCAAAGUACAGACAUCGGAACCAGCCUCUGUUCAUUCCCGAGCAAAGGCGAGACGAGUAUGGCGCGAGGCGGAUAUGGACUGCCUACGGUACCUACCAAGCCCUCGGUGCCUCACCCUUCGGCAUCGACACAGUCGAACCAGAGACAAACCCGUUCCGGAAACACUAUGGACUGUUAGCAAAGAUGUCCACUCACGUUCUUCAAGCCCAAAAAGAAAACGCCAGCAUCGGCUUCUUUUUUGACGAGCUCGACGGCACGACCGAUACCUCACCACCUGUGACCCACAAAUUCGGACCUUGGAGCCUCCUAAUCGAACGCUCUUUCGUCUUCGGCAAACCCGCACCAGGUUCCGGCAUGGUCAUCCACAAAAGCGACGAUACCUUCCUCCUUAUCGGCUGGGGCUUCCAAGUAACCUUCAAGCACGAAUCAUCGCCUUUCACCGGAGUCCUCCGGUUCGAAGAGAAGGAAGUCGUAGGUGAGAGCGGCGAGCUGAAGACCCUGAGGAUGCUGAAUGGAGAUGAGACGCGAAGUGGCAAGUUCUGUAUCAUGCCUAACGAGGAGCCGGAUUAUGGCGGGUUUCCUAUCUGCGUCACGAUUCCUGCGAGGACGGGAGUGGCGGAGGUUGAGCCUUAUGCGCUGGAAGAUGAUGAGGAGUGCGAGUAG